CGAGGAUCCCUCACAGAGUAAAUACACUGGAAGGCUUUCGUGCUCUUAUUAAUACCAUGACUAUACCAUAGACUCGGAUGGAUGAAGCUAAUUAUCCUUUAAGGUUCCCCCCAAACAACUGUGUUGACACCCCUCGUAACCCUUUUAGUGCAUAGGAAUACAUCCUAUUAUCAAAUGACUGAAGCCUGAAAGUGACAGCGUGAACUAAAUUGGGUGGGAGGUCGGCGCGCGGGCGGGGUCACGGGUUGCUGCGACCACGCGUGAUGACUCUCGAACAGUGAUAAGUCUUAUUUAUUUGCGCAUUUGACGUGGGGUGGGACGUGAGGUUAUAAUAGAGAUAUAAGGAGUUCCUUCGACCCAUCAUCUUCAAUCUCGUCACUCACCAAUCGACACCCCUUACAUUGCAAAGUAUUUCCGAUGUCAGAAUCAAAGAUAGACCUUGCAUCGCUCUCGCUCUUCCGCGCGACGCGCGCACAGGUUGAAGAGUCACGGCACCGAUCGUUCCCGUAUUGGGGUGGUACUUUGAGUCUUGAAGAGUACCUUGCGCGAGAUGCGAUGAUGGAAUGUGGGGAGCACGCAAAGGAUGGCAAGCACAUUACUUGGGUACUGGCGCCACGGAGCGACCCAACGACGCUUGAUUUUAUGUGCGCUUGUGAGACAUACAAGCGCACAGGUCUUGUAGUUUACCCCUCUGAGCCAGGCAAAGUGCAAGAGGCAACUUGCUACGGGGUCGCCAAUGUCUUCACUCCACCGUCAAACCGUAGGCGCGGCUACGCAAGGCGUAUGAUGAGCCUCCUGCAUUGGGUCAAUGCCUCGCGUAACCAUCUUCCUAAAUUUCCAGAGGCCUGGGGUGCACCACCGGAAGAGGUAGCGGACUCUGGUGAUGGGCUAUUCUCGGUGCUGUACAGCGAUGUUGGGGAGGAAUUUUACCGGUCGGCUGGCCCUGGGGGCAAUGAAGGGGGUGGAUGGGAGUUGAGAGCGCCGAUCUCGACUAUUUGGGAGGUGGGCACGGAGGAAGAUGACGACGAGGGAUGGACAUGGUUGGCGCAUGAGGAGCUGAACGGGCUUUGGGAGCGUGAUGCUGCGCGCAUCACCAAGGAGCUGGCGAACAUACCGAUGAGUGACAGCUCAUACAAGGUGGAGCACCCGGCGGCAUUCGUGACGUACCUACCAGCAAACGGCGUCUGCGGGUUCCACAUCCCACGGUCGACAUACGCCUCAGAUUUUUCCAUAGCAGGACGAUUCUGGGGUGUACAGUCUACGAGUGACCCAGACACGUACGCAAGCUGGAGCGUUGACUUGAGACCUCCUCCACCAACGCUGAUCGUCACGCGUCUCUGUGCCAGCGAAGAGACGUUCCCCGGGCUGAUCGCGAAGAUCAAGCAGGCGGCUAGACAAAGCGGAAUUGGGAAAGUGGAGGUGUGGAAUUUGAGAGUAGGAUUAAAGGAGAUUGCGGAGAAGACGGGCGGGCGGUCGUUUGAGCGGAAUGAACAUUUGCCACAGAUAGUGUGGUAUGGACCUGGAGCGACGGGGAAUGUAGAGUGGGCGUAUAAUGAGAAAUUCUGCUGGUGCUGAUGCAAGAUUGAGGUGGAGUUGCGGGACGAUGAAAAAUUAUAUUCGUAGAGCUGGACUCCCCUACAGUCUACAGACGAAUGAAUCAGAUAGUCGUUCCUUCUAUCCUAGACCCAGGACCUAGAGAACCACCAAAUCAGCGCUUGUGCGGCCGUGAAGCAGUCAUCCAGCGUCGCCUUGCAAUGGUCGCACGUCUGUAUCUCGACGUACACUCGAUGGCAAGACGACGCUGCCUGUACUUGGAAUUUCGGUGUUCGAUCGUUGUAACUUGGACAAAUGAGUCAGGACUCGGAAUAAGCUAGGGUUAGGUAAUAGUCACAAUAACUAAUAGUGUGACGCUGUGCGGGUGAGAAUUUCUG